GGAGUAAGAGAGGGGGAAAGAAAGAGGAAAAGAGUGCGAGGGAGUGAGGGAGGGAGGAAAAUAAACAACAAAAAAUGUCCUCUUCCUCCCCCACCGGGCAGAUUGCAAGUGCGGCGGACAUCAAGCAGGAGAAUGGGAUGGAAAGCGCCUCGGAAGGGCUGGAGGCGCCCCGAGAAGUGGCGGGGGGCGCGGCGGUGGGGCUGAGCCCCCCGGCUCCAGCCCCUUUCCCCUUGGAGCCGGGGGACGCCGCGGCCACCGCCGCCGCCAGGGUGAGCGCAGAAGAAGGGGCAGUGGCGGCAGCUGCGGCCGGAGCUGCGGCGGAUCAGGUACAACUCCACGCGGAACUUCUGGGCAGGCACCACCACGCCGCCGCCGCCGCGCAGACCCCGCUGGCCUUCUCGCCCGACCAUGUCGCCUGCGUGUGCGAGGCGCUGCAGCAGGGGGGCAACCUGGACCGCCUGGCCCGGUUCCUGUGGUCCCUGCCCCAGAGCGACCUGCUACGUGGCAACGAGAGUCUGCUGAAGGCGCGGGCGCUAGUGGCCUUCCACCAGGGCAUCUACCCUGAGCUCUACAGCAUCCUCGAGAGCCACAGCUUCGAGUCGGCCAACCACCCGCUGCUGCAGCAGCUCUGGUACAAGGCGCGCUACACCGAGGCCGAGCGAGCCCGCGGCCGGCCGCUGGGGGCCGUGGACAAGUACCGGCUGCGCAGGAAAUUCCCCCUGCCCCGCACCAUCUGGGACGGCGAGGAGACGGUGUAUUGUUUCAAGGAGAAGUCGCGCAACGCGCUCAAGGAGCUUUACAAGCAGAAUCGCUACCCUUCGCCUGCCGAGAAGCGGCACCUGGCCAAGAUCACCGGCCUCUCCCUCACCCAGGUCAGCAACUGGUUCAAGAACCGCCGGCAGCGCGACCGGAACCCCUCCGAGACCCAGUCCAAAAGUGAGUCAGAUGGCAAUCCCAGCACUGAAGAUGAAUCCAGCAAGGGACAUGAGGAUUUGUCCCCUCACCCACUCUCUGGUUCAUCCGAUGGCGUCACCAACCUCAGCCUUUCCAGUCACAUGGAGCCAGUAUAUAUGCAACAAAUUGGAAAUGCUAAGAUAUCAUUAAGCUCUUCUGGAGUUUUGUUGAAUGGAAGCUUGGUACCUGCAAGUACCUCACCUGUCUUCCUUAAUGGUAAUUCUUUUAUUCAGGGACCCAAUGGAGUUAUCCUUAAUGGAUUAAAUGUGGGAAAUACACAGUCAGUGUCAUUGAACCCCCCCAAAAUGGCAUCAAACCUUGUGAGCAAUGGUAUAUCCAUGACUGACAUACUGGGGUCUGCCUCCCAGGAUGUGAAGGAAUUCAAAGUCCUCCAGGGUUCUGUGGCUAGCUCAACAGCCACCACCUCGUACAGUCCCAGUGCCCCUGCAUCAUUCCCAGGGCUAAUACCCAGCACUGAGGUGAAAAGAGAAGGCAUUCAAACAGUGGCUUCCCACGAUGGAGGCUCUGUAGUGACUUUUACUACACCAGUGCAAAUUAACCAAUAUGGCAUUGUCCAGAUCCCCAAUCCCGGAGCACAAGGCCAGUUCCUUAAUGGGAGCAUUGGAUUCUCUCCGCUACAGCUGCCUCCUGUUUCAGUGGCCUCUUCACAAGGUAAUAUUUCAGUAAAUUCAAGCACUUCAGAUGGGAGCACGUUUACGAGUGAGUCCACCACAGUCCAGCAAGGAAAGGUUUUCUUCAGCUCUCUUGCUCCCAGUGCAGUGGUGUACACUGUUCCUAAUUCAGGCCAGACUGUAGGAUCUGUUAAACAGGAAAGCUUGGAGAGGAGCCUGGUGUUUUCUCAGUUGAUGCCUGUCAAUCAGAAUGCACAAGUAAAUGCAAACCUGUCUUCGGAAAAUCUCUCUGGGAGUGGCCUCCAUCCUCUGGCCUCCUCAUUAGUUAAUGUAUCCCCAACUCACAAUUUUUCCCUGACUCCCACUACACUACUAAAUCCCACCGAGCUCAACUCUGACAUUGCCGAUAGCCAGCCAAUGUCUGCGCCUGUGACAAGCAAAUCUACUGUGACGUCUGUCAGCAACACUAACUAUGCAACUCUUCAGAACUGCUCCCUUAUUACUAGUCAAGACCUAAUGUCAGUCCCUAUGACCCAGGCUGUCCUCGGGGAAAUAGUUCCUGCAGCUGAAGACCAAGUGGGUCACCCCUCCCCAGUAGGACACCAAGAUUUUGUCAGAGAACAUGGUUUGGUUCUGCAAUCAGUAGCUAACAUAAAAGAGAAUUUCUUACCAAAUUCUGAGAGCAAAGCAACAAGCAACUUAAUGAUGCUAGACUCCAAAUCCAAGUAUGUCCUAGAUGGCAUGGUUGAAACUGUCUGUGAAGACCUGGAAACAGACAAAAAAGAGCUUGCCAAGCUCCAGACUGUCCAGUUGGAUGAAGAUAUGCAAGAUUUAUAAACUUAAUUUCCCGUUCAUUUUUUGGCAUCAGCAGACAAAUCUUUUCAAGAAGCCCUGAGGACUUUUCCCAUUUUCCCAUUUAAAGGAAAAUGCUCUAGUUUUGCAAGUAAAUAUAUUCAAGAGACUUUGGACUGAUCUAGGUGAAGAUCAGGUUAAAUAAAUAGGAGUGGAACGGAAUUACCGUAACCUUUUUGCUCACAUAGAAUCUUCCCUUUUUCAUAGAUGGAGACAAAGGAACAAGAUUAAGUGUAUCAAGUCAAAGUGUAUCAUUUGGUUCACUUAAUAUAAUUCUGAGAUCAGAAUGGAACUUGAUAAAUAGUUUUUAGAAAUUAAAAAGUGUACAUCUAACAUAGAAAAUUAAAUAUUGGUACAGAGCAUCAGAAACAAUGCAAUUCUUUUUGUUUACUUUUACUCCACGGGCAUUGAUAAGGUUAAGAAGCAUAAAUGGUACUCCAAACUGUUCUAAUGAUGUAUUUUUGAAGUUAAGUAUCUUAAAUACAUAUCUCUGACAAAUAUAUUUCUGUGUUUCAGCAUUUUCACGAAAGUCUUGGCUUAAGCCUGUACACAUUUCCAAAUGUGAUUACUAGUAGUUCUGUGUAGCUGAGAGAGUUUGAAACUCCACUGAAAACUCUGAAACAAACUUCAGUCUGAAUGUAAAUAUAUUAGCUCUAUAAGCAGAAUUGUGAGUAAUUACAGUGAAUUUUAUUUAUACUGUAUGUGUUUCUCUUAUACUUUAGGCGCUACAAACUGAAAAGAAAACUGUUUUCUUACUGUUUAAUUUAUUCUUAUUGUUUGAACAGGAAGUAAACAUAGUUGUUUCCAACAAAGUUUUACUUUUUGUAGGAUUUUAAAAGUAAUUUUUAUCAGGAGCCUAUUAAGGUCAACAUUAAUAACACUGAGGCAGGAAAUCAAACUCCCAAUAUUGGAAUUUUGGUACUUUUUUCCACAUCCUUGCUCCUUAAUUAGCAACUCUGAUUCAUUUAAAUAUGUUUUUCUAUAGAAUUCUAUGUGCCUUUUUACCUUGUGGCCUUUUUAUUAUUCUUACUAAGGUACAGAAUUUGCCACAGAAGCACUGAUGGUUCUUUUCUUCUAUCCAGCAGGGUUAAUUUCACCACAGAAUUGCUUUAAAUCUGAAGAACUUAAGUUUCACAAAUAUUAUGUAUAAUGUUUAUGAUGUAAUGAAUGAACUAAUUAUGGUUGAUGCUUUUCAUUAUAAUGAAAAUAACAACAAUUAAAUUACAGACUACCAUGUAAGGUAGGCUAUAGACUAUCAAAACAACCAUUUUAGAGUAAAGAAAGACUAUAUAAAAUCUAUGGAGUAAAAUUCUUUCCUGUUGAAACUUAGUUCUAAAUGUUUUGAAUUAGUUAUUACUUUAUGACACAUGGCUCUUGUUUGCACUAUAUUAUCAUGUCUUUUAUAAAAGUAAAUCUUUUGGGUUUCUGUGGGAAGCUUGUUUGAUCAUGUUGUGAGCCGUGGUUAUAAUUUUUAUCAGGACUCUGAACACAAGAUGUAACAAUGCAAAUAACUUAUGUGUAGUGAGUAAAAUUACUCUGUUCUCUUUUCUCAAGAAAAGUGAGAAAAUGAUCUUUUCAGAGAUCACUUAAGGUUGUUGAACAUAAAGAUGUUACCACAUCUUGCUUUAUUUAAGAUCAGAACAAAGGGUCCAGUCUAGCUCUCUACAUGUCCAUUGGCCAAGCAGUUGAAUAAGGGCCAUAGAGGGUGUAACUUUUGUUGUUACUGCAAAGGGAAGUUGCCGGCAUAGAUAUAGAGCCCUACAAAGAAUUCCUCUCCCAUCAUUUUCAUAAAGAGCUUACAUCCCUUUUUUGUGGAAUUAGUGGAUGUACCUAAACUGCUGAAACUGCAUGUUCUUUGUUUUGUUUUUGUACCAAGUCAGGUGUUUUAAGAGUUCUCUUCCACUCUACAACUACUUAUAAAGCUUGUUUUUUUUCUUUAGGUAUGUGCUGAUCAUGUUACUGAGAUUAAUAAAUUACAUGGCUCUAUAGUGUAGUUUACAUGAAAGUGAUGUUUUCCACUUGAUUGCUGCAGAUAUCAAGAGUUUGUUACUUAUUUGAAAAUACCCAUCCAAUAAGGUAGGUGGGAAGAUUUAAACAGUAACUGGAAAAGUUUUAUAUGUCUUCCAAAAAUACAAUAAGCAUCUCAUUCAGAAUUCUUCCUCUUUUCUCCUUUAAGAAAAGGAAAAGAUAGCACAAAACUUACGAGUUACACAAGAAACCCAUUCAUACUCCCAAUGUGAUAUAACCAGGUAGCUGUACCAUAUACCAAGUAAGAAUCAAUGCACAUCGUAAAGAACUUAUUGUUCUUUGCUGUUCUCAGUAAAAUAAGGGCCAGUUUAUAUGUAGCCCAUGUACAUGUGAAUGGAAUAAGAUAAACCCCAUGAUCUCCUUGCACAAAAUUGCAAAUAUUUUUUGCAAUACCAAGGGCCAAACUCAGAACCCUUGGAGUUCAUGUGGUAGAACUUCCCUCUUACAUAAACCAAUGCUUGAAGAUGCUGCAAAUGACCCUCUAUGAUCCCUGCCGAGGAAUCAGAAUGGGGAUAAAUAACUCUCCCUGCAAACCCCAAACCCCUGCUGCUGGCUGUGGGACUUUUGGUGUGAGCCUAUCUAUGCACUCUGUCAGCCAGAGUUUGGCGUUGAGCUCUUAGUUACAUCUAGUAAAAGACAGUCUAUUGUUUAAAGAGUAGGUGCAUUUGUUCCUCAAGCAAGCAAGAGCACCUGUGUUGUACUGCUUUAUAUCUUAUGUAUAUUUAUAGUAAUGAAAACAGUCUUUGAAUUGUACAUGUUUCAGUGCCUUCUGUUAUGAAAGGCAGGUAGAUGUUAGAGCCAUAGAUAAAAAUCAGUAGUAAAUUGCACAUCGACCUUCAAUCUCCCUGUAUAUGCCCUUGUAUCUUGCAUGUUAAAAGGUGGAUUGUUGGGCAUGUGUUUCGGCCUGCCCUGCUACAUGCUAGACAAGUGUGCAUUAGUACAUAGCCACAAGUUCUUCAUUCUUUGAAAUGUUUUUGACAGUUCAUCUCAUCAUAAAAAUAUAAAUCAGGAAAACUGGGGGGAAAAGAAUUAUAUUUGACAAAAGAUGUUUCAAAGUCUUCCUAAACCUAUUAAAUAGAGCCUAACAGUUUCUUUGUAUCUGUUGGAUACAUUUAAUGUUAAUUUAACAUUACCACCAUCCAUACAUUUUAUUAAUCAAAAUCAUAUAGCAUGUGACUGUUUUGGCUUUCAGGGCUCUCAAAAAUGUUUUUAUUCUUUUGUUGCAUGUACUGUAUGUUUAGAGGCAACCAGUUAUAUACUCAGUAUGGUUUUACUGUGCCUUAUGCAAAGAGUAAAUCUAUACAGAUUGUCUAUCAUGGGAUGGGUAACAAGUCUUUACUGCACUGUUAGGUGAUGGCACACAGAGCAUGUCCUGGAACAUUUCUGUGCUUAAUUACCCAACCAAAGAGAUCUAAAGUAUGUAUGUCGUACUGUAAUAGGGGUUUAUGCCUGGACAAUUUAAGUGUUUUAUUUGUUUUCUGAAAUGAUGUGAACUUAUUUUUCUAAACACUAUGCUGAAUAAACUUUAUAUUUAUACA